AUGGCCUCCAAGCCGCGGACAAGUAGCAUGUCGCAGGCAUCUGAGAGCUCUCAGACUGCAGCAGAGUUCAUCAAAGAACAACUCAGUCUUGAGGCUGAAGCACGCGAGGCGCUUCCAUAUCAAUUCGACACUUGCACACGCGAUCUCGGUCCUCUUCGUCAAAGUCUAUACGCAUGCCUUACUUGCAACCCUCCUCCCGCUUCUCCUGCCCAAGUACACAUCCCCGCUGGCGUCUGCUACUCGUGCUCGAUAUCAUGUCAUGGUGAACAUACUCUCGUGGAGCUUUUCAACAAGCGCGACUUCAUUUGUGAUUGUGGGACAAAUCGCAUACCGGAGACGACACCCUGCACACUCCGUAUAAAUUCGACGACUGGGCAGAAGGGAGACGUCAGCGGAGAGGAGCCAGCCACAUCCAACAAAUACAAUCAAAACUUCCAGAAUCGGUUUUGUGGUUGCGGAGAGGAAUAUGACGCACAACAGGAAAAGGGAACGAUGUUCCAAUGUCUCGGCCUUGGCACCUGCGAAGAGGGCGGAUGCGGUGAAGACUGGUGGCAUCCAGAGUGUCUUGUUGGUCUUUCUCGUGAACAGUACAGGAAGAUGAUCGAAAAGCCGAAGACUGACAAAAAUAAUGGCACUGCACAGACUGCAGCUGCGGGAAAACCAACAGAGAAACUAGCUAGCGAUAACACCACAACAGAGACUGAGCCUCCAAGUGCAACAACUAUCACUACCGCUGUUGGUAAUGGCAAUGGAGUAGACGGCCACGACGUAGAAGCUGGAGCUGAAGAGCAGGACGAAGAUGAUGAUCCGCCUCUGCCACCCGGCUUUCCGGCAGAAGAUGACUUUGAUCAUUUCCUCUGCUACAAGUGCGUGGCGGCACAUCCUUGGAUCAAGAAGUACGCCGGUUCUACCGGCUUCUUACCGCCCGUAUACUUCGACGCCUCCAUUGCAAUUUCAAACGCGGAGAAGGUUCAGUCCGGAAAUCCUGAAUUUUCAACUGUCGAGUCCAAGAAGCGUAAAGCAUCUGAAGAGAAUGAGAACGAACAGAUAGCCUCAACCGCCACUCUAGAGGCUCCAGCCCCGGCCAAGCGCCAAAAAUCCGAAGACCCAAAAAACGCCUUAGCAAGCCUCGCUGAGGACACAGUCAACCUACCCAUUACCCCAAAGAAGCAAGAAGAACCCUCAGUGCCCAAGCAUACUUUGCUCCCACCACUUCCCGAAACCGCUCUUACAACCCCCUUCUCGCUCUUCCUCAAACCCGACUUCCGCGACCAUCUUUGCCGCUGUCCAGACUGCUUCCCCCUUCUGAAACCGCACCCCCAACUUCUCGAAGAAGAAGACACUUACGAGCCUCCCGUCUCUGAAUCUGGCGACGAAAACCCACAGUCCGUCGGCACUGGCAGUCUUCUCGACCGCGGCGAAGUAGCGUUUAAUAAUAUGGACCGCGUCCGUGCGAUUCAGGGGGCCAUGGCAUAUGCACAUCUCAAGGACAAGGUUGCGGCUUUUUUGAAACCGUUUGCGGAGUCUGGGCAGGCGGUUGGUGCGGAGGAUGUCAAGGCGUAUUUUGAGAAGCUGAGAGGUGAUGAGCAGGGUAUCCAAGAGGCGGCUGGUGGAGCGAGGCAGAGUAGAGAUGGUGAUGGCGAAGGUGGAGCGGGAGGAGGAGCUGGGAGGACGGAGCAGAGUGGAUAUUGA